CAGUAUUUCCGGUUCGUGAUGACGACUUGACGAGACUCAACUUGAAUUUAUCGCGAUGGAACAACAGCAGCAGAACAACAUGGUUUUGGUUUCAAUAGACAAACUUAAAACGUUAAAAAAAAAAAAAUAGGUGUACAGGCGAGGCUUUACAAAGCUAAAAUGUGCUACUUUGUAUUUUUUUUGCAAGGAAGCGUCUAAUAUUAUGUAUGCGUUAUAAAUCUUACUUGUUUUGCCUUGAUCUGGCCGCCCUCUGUACUGUAGCGCCCCCACUGGGCUGCCUCACCAUACGCAUAUUUUAUUUAUAAUAAACAAAUUCAUCAUGUUCAUCAUACGUGCACUAAAUAAAUCAAACUACCACGGUGACAAAAAAAAAAAAAAAAAAAAAAGCAUCAACGUGUGCCGUGAAGGCAGCAUUGUGAGAAAUCCGAGCCGGAACAUGUGGUCCUUGGAGGCAUCGCCGUAAAGAACACCGGAAGUCGUUUGGGUCGCUACCGGAAGUUGAUUCUGUAUGAAAGUUCUCUUUUGUUCCACCAGUUGAAUGUCUGCUCGGCCUCAUAAUUUAACUUAAGACACGUCGUAGACGAGAGACUUGCUCGAAUUGAGUCAUGCCAGGAUGAAAAAAAACAGCUCGUAAAAAAAAAACCAAGGUGAACUUGAAGCGACAACAUGGCCAUCGCCCACGUGGCCACCGAGUACGUCUUCAGCGACUUCCUCCUGAAGGAUCCCAGCCAGGCUCGAUACCGCAACGUCCGCACCGAGCUGGCGGUGGACAAGAUGGUGACGUGCGUGGCGGUGGGCCUUCCCCUCCUCCUCAUCUCGCUGGCCUUUGCUCAGGAAGUCUCAGUCGGCGCUCAGAUCAGCUGCUUUGCGCCCACAAACUUCUCCUGGCGACAGGCGGCUUACGUGGACUCGUACUGCUGGGCCUCUGUGCACACGCACACUCUCCCCCUGUGGCUGCACAAGUUCUUCCCCUACAUCCUGUUGCUGGUGGCGAUGCUGACGUACACGCCGGCGUUGUUUUGGAGAUUUUCUUCGGCGCCGCUCCUGCAGUCGGACCUGGGCUUCAUCAUGGAGGAGCUGGACCGCUGUUACAACCGCGCUGUCACGCUGGCGAAGCGGAUGACCACCUCUGAAGUGCAGAGUGCCGACAGUGACCCCACUGAGGGCUGCUUCAACUACCCACUGGUGGAGAAGUUCCUGAUGACCAAGAGGUGCUCGCGGGUGCUGCUCUUUCGCUACCUGCUGUGUCGCGGCCUGACUCUGGUCACGCUGCUGUGCGCCUGCCUCUACCUGGGCUACUACCUCCGCCUGGCGUCGCUCACCGACGACUUUGGCUGCACGCUGAGGGUGGGCCUGCUCGCCAACGACUCCACCGUCCCCGAAAAGGUGCAGUGUAAGCUCAUCGCCGUGGGAGUCUUCACGCUGCUCAGUUUCGUCAACUUGAUCGUCUUUUCCGCGCUCCUCCCCGUGGUGAUCUACGCCAGCGUCCGCCCCCUGCUCUGUCACGGGUACGCCCACUUCCUGGAAACCUACCAAUCACUGCCCACGGUGAGCGUCCUGCCCACUCCCAGCGGCCAAUGGGACGACCUGUCUCUGUACGUGCUCUUCCUGGAGGAGAACAUCAGUGAGCUCAAGUCCUACAAGUACAUGAAGCAGGUGCUGGAGCUGCUGAGGAAAGGGGGCGAAUGCUCCGGGGAGGACUUUGACGCCAUGGGUCUGCUGCAGACUCUCUGUCUGGUCAAGAUGGACACCGUCGACGCUAGAAAAGCCGCCAAACCCGAUCGGCUCGCCGUGGAUGCAGAAAAGUCGUCCAACAACAAAAUGACCAGCCCCAACCCAGCCGCUGACAACAGGAUGGAAACUGAGAUGAAAGAGUUCACUCCUUUGCUGCCGGGCAACGGCGACAUGACGGGCAGCAAAACAAGCAGCGAGGGCGGGGAUCUGCGGCAGCGAGCGAUGUGAUAGGCCGCCGGCGUCCCAGAAGAGGCGGAGUCCACUCCUACUUCACAUCCGGACCGACCAGUUUGUUGUCCUGCGCGCCAACACUACAUGUUCUCACGACACACACAAUGAUGAAGAAGUGAGCAAGACUCAGCUCAUUUGCAUGUUUCUAUUGUGUGUGUGUGUGUGUGUACCUGUAUAAUAAAACAUGCCAACAAAUCACUUCCCUAAAUUCCCCAAUGUGAACAAAACAUAUAGAAUACCCACUCAAAGUAUGUAUUAUCUGUUUGCAUUCAAAAAAGAAUGGGUUGAAAUUAGAGAUGUCCAAUAAUGGCUUUUUUGCCGA